AUGGAAAUUAAUAGGGAAUCUGGAGUUGGAGAGCAUUCUGGUUCAGAGUUACUAAAAAAGAAGCAGUCAAUUAGAGCAAAGGAAGGAAACUUGACUUAUCUUCAAGAGUUGGUGGGGAAGAUGAAGACUAUCCAGAGGAACAGUUUUCGAAGGAAGUAUGGGAAUUUACUGAAUCUUCUAGAGAUUGAUACUCAGGUUCCAGCUGUUACUGCUUUGGUCCAAUACUAUGAUCCGCCGCUCCGGUGCUUCACCUUCAAGGAUUUUCAAUUAGUGCCGACAGUGGAGGAAUUUGGGGAUAUUCUAGAUCUACCAUUAGAAGGCAAGAUUCCUUACAAGCAUGCAACACAAAAUACAUCUGUUUCAACACUAGCAGGAAUCUUGAAGAUACACUCUGCAGAGUUAGAAAGCAAAAUGAUUACGAAGGGAACCAUCAAAGGCAUUCCUCAAGGGUUUCUAGAGGGACAUCUACGUCAAGUGGCUGAUAACUUUGUUGAUCUCUCAGCCAUCAAUGUUUUCAUAGCAUAUAAGAUCAAUGCAGAAAACCCAGUCACAACAAUUUUAGCUGAUGUUUAUGGAAAUUUGAAUAUGUGUUAUGAAUCUAAGAAGAAGAAGUUGUCAUGUUGCUUGCCAGUAUUAUAUAAAUGGUUUACUUCUCAUAUUAGUCCAAAUUACAAGCCAACAGCUAAAGGAGCGCAAGAAUGGGUGUGUUUUUUUGCUAAGUUACAUAAUGGAAUGAUCAAACGAGAGGUAUCCUGGCAGCAGAGAUCACAUAUCAUACACUGUGGGGAGUACCCAAAUGUACCUCUUAUAGGAACCAAAUAUUGUGUUAAUUAUAAUCCGAUAUUAGCACAAAGACAAUUUGGAUAUCCUAUACGGGGUGCACCAAAUCCAGAAUCUUUAGUUGUAGUGUGGAAUUGCUAUGAAGAAGGGACUUCUAAUGAUUUACUCCGGCGAAUUAGAAGUGCUUGGGGCAGUGUGGUGCGUGCAGAGAAAGACUCUAGGCCAUGGGUAGUAAAUGAGAAGACGUCUUAUCAGCAAUGGGUAAUGAAUAGGGUUAAAGUGGUGAAGCUACCGUUCAAACCAGUUGCCUUCAUGCCAGAACAACAAGAUAUGGAGAGUGAGGAAGUCAAAACCCUUAAGGAAGAAAUAGAAAAGAUGAAGCAUAAAAAUGUUAAGCUUGUUAAUGAUCUUCAGAAAGCUCACCAUGAAUAUAUAGAUCUCAAACAUGACAAUGAAGCCAGGAUCAGAACUUGUGAUGUAUUAAUAAAGAAGCAGAGAGAGGAAAGAAACCAUCACUUUAGAGUACAACAAGAUCUCGAGGCAGCUAACAAAGAGUUAGCUUUGAGAUGCAAAGAGAAGAAAGCAGUGGCAUUGUCUGAACGUGAGAAAAUUGCAUUAUGUGAAGAAUUGGCGAGAGAUAAAAGGGAGGCAAUAAACAAGCUGCGAAAUGCACAGGUUAGGAUUAAGAAGAUGGAGCAACAGACAGAAAAAAAUGACAGCAGCUUAUGA